UUUAUAAACACGCUCGCCUGGCUAUCAGCCUCCACCCCACAUUGACAGUUCGCUCACCCUGCGCACCCGCCAUCAAAUUUAAGACUCAAAAAACUGAGACUGAAGUGAGGAGACGAGAAAACUGUAUUAUCUCUUGUGAGCCAUGGACAUUGAUCAGGAGCUGGCCAAACGAAUGCUUAUUGAAGGAGGAACUUUAGUUUUCUUAGACGUGCCAGAGGGGACCGAUUUUGGAAUGGACAUGAAGAACUGGAUCACAGAUUUUAAUUUCAAAGGAAUGAAAAUGAUUCCACCUGGACUGCAUUUUAUAUCUUACAGUGCCAGGAAUAAACACGGUGAUGCUACUCCUCGGGUUGGGUUUUUCCACAACUUUAAAAAAUCGGAAAUCCUUGUCCGAAAAUGGGAUCCAAAUGCAGAAGAUAUCAGCUUAGAAGACUUUAGCGCAGAGGAAGUUGAUCGGAUCAGAAGCAACCUUCUCCAUCUAGACAGGUACCUUGCACCUUAUCCAUUAGAAAUAUACCGGGACUGGAGGAAAUUGUCCGAAGGAAUAACUGAUGAUUUGCUCGGAAGACUUUCGCCUGAAAAAGUACUCAUUCGAUCUGCACUUGAACUUGAGUCAACUCCAGAAUCCUCAAAGAAGCGAAGGCGAACGCUGGAUAAGGAAGAGGCCCUGUUGCCUCAACUAUCGCCGAAACCAGGUACCGCCCUGAGAAUCACAGAAGUGCCGGAAUUUAAAUGGCCAGAAGGUGCCACACCAGCUGACAUAACAAAGCACAGCCUUGAUAGCAGUUUUGCCCUGGAAAAAAUAAUAUCCUCUUUCAAAGAACCAUUGGACAUAAUUGGAGAAAUGCAAGUGUGCUACAUUUGCUUCUUGAUAGGGCACAGUUUGGAGGCAUUUGAGCAGUGGAAGGAUUUGCUACUGCUACUGUGCGCAAGUGAAGAUGCUUUAGCUAGGCAAAGAGCUGUUUUCUCCAGGUUCUUGACUGUCAUGAGUACUCAUCUACAAGAAAUCCCUGAAGAUUUUAUGGUGGACGUAGUUGCUGGCAAAAAUGCGGUUUACUUGGGCAUGAAAAAAUUGUUCCAGAAUAUCAAAGAAUCAGGUGAAUCUGUUGAUACAAGACUAAAAUCUCAAGCAGAGAGGCUAAAGCAACAGCUCGAGUCAAAAUUCGGCUGGGGCUUUAGCAAGGAAGAUGAAGAAGAGGACGAUGAAGACGCGCCUGUUGUUGUUGAUUUGAGUGAAGAAUUGCUUUAAAUCAGCUCACGACAUGACAGUACCAGUUUUAAAUAUAUUUUGAAAUAUUUGCGUCUCAUGUAAUGCACUCUUCACAUCUGUCUGAACAGAAAUGCGCAAUAUGGUCUCUAUUUAUUGAUAAUAAACUAACACGAUGAGUGUUAU